AUGGGGAAGGAGCGGAAGAGGGAGGAAGAGCGACAGGGAGGGCGAGGAGGAGAAGCCGAGCAGGACGAGCAAGGGACGAGCAGGCCCAACAUGAACGAACCAGUGAGAGUGAAGGAAAUGCGAGCACGGUGGAUUGGAAGGAACGAUGAAAUCCAGCAGCUUCUCAACAUCUUCGGCCCAAGGAGGGCGCACGUCCCCCCAAUCUUCGUGAAUGGUCAUGCAUCGACAGGGAAAUCAGCUGUCGUGCAAGACUUGCUCUUAACCCUGAAGGCGCCACAUGCCUUUGUCAACUGCGUCGAAGCGACUACCCCCAGCGCGCUUUUUGAGAUGGUCCUACAGCAGCUGUGCUGCUCGGGGAGGAGGACGAGCAGCGAAGAGGAGGAGAACAAGCUCAGAUGCAACGACGUCUCCAAGUUUGUGCGCCUCUUCGUGGACAACAAGAGCCUCAGACAAACAUGCGGGGACGAGGAAGGGAGAUGGAUCUUGCAUGAGAGGAAGGAGCAGGAGGAGGAGGAGACCUGCUUCCUCGUCUUCGAUCGAGCAGAGAGGCUGAGAAAUUUGGACCCGCACUUGCUCAAGACGCUCGCACGGAUGAACGAGCUGACGUCGAGGUAG